GUAGCGGAUAAGCAGAUAUAUCAUAUAUGAUGAUCAUCUGACCAUUUUGUCCUCCUUCAUUCCUUCUACCUUCCUAAUUCCUAACCCUCCCGGAGAACAAUUCCAGUAAUCGAAGUUGAAUCACCGAAUUCCAAUGGGAAUCGUUGGGAACCUCACUGCAGAUCAGCUCCAAUCCUUCAAUUCUCAAGGUUAUAUUGUGUUGGAAUCCUUUGCCACUGAUGACGACAUUGAUGCCAUGGUUCGGAGGAUGGACCAAUUGGUCAAUGACUUUGACCCUUCCUCCACCGCCUCUAUUUUCUCCACCAAGAACCAGCAAAAGUUGACUGAUGAUUACUUCUUUGAGAGCGCAGAGAAAAUUUCCUUCUUCUUCGAAGAGAAAGCAUUUGGGGAUGAUGGAAAAUUAAAGCAACCCAAGCAACUCUCCCUUAAUAAAGUAGGCCAUGCGCUUCACGAGAUUGAGCCGGCAUUCAAGAAGUUUUCUUCUUCCAACAAAGUUUCUAGUUUGAUGUACUCCUUAGGUUACAAGAGGCCAGUAAUCAUGCAGUCUAUGUACAUUUUUAAGCAACCAGGUAUAGGGGGUGAAGUAGUGCCACACCAGGAUAACUCGUUUCUUUAUACCGAACCCCAAACAUGCACAGGGCUGUGGCUGGCUCUGGAAGAUGCAACGGUAUUAAAUGGUUGCCUGUGGGCAAUACCUGGAUCUCACAAGAAGGGGCUUGUCAGAAGGUUUUUACGGGAUGAAGAUGGUGUUAAAUUUGAUCGACCCUCACCAUCUUAUGAUCAAAAGGAUUUUGUUCCUAUUGAAGUAAAAGCUGGUUCAUUGGUUGUCAUCCAUGGUGAUCUUAUCCAUCAAAGCUUUGAAAACCAGUCCCAAAAAUCAAGGCAUGCAUACAGCCUGCAUGUGGUGGACACUGAUGGCUGCCAAUGGGCACCGGAAAAUUGGAUCAAACGGAAAGUGGAGCCAGAACCCCUUUAUGUAAGCUGAUCAUUUGUAGAAUAGUGUUGAAAAAAAAAAGAGGAAAAAAAAAUCCUAAGGUUUCCUUGCUGUUGUCAAAUCGGUGUAAUAACGACAACACCAUUGGGUUGCUAUUGAGUAGAUUCCUCGGUCUCUGGAUAAUCAGAAUAAACUUUUAUGCCUAUCUGCUUGAUAGAUUGCAUUCUAGAAUUUAAAUAUGAUGCACGGUAAUGUGAUAAAUAGAUUGCAUUCCUCG